UUUAUUCCUUUACAACAAUGUCAGACUUUAAAAAAACCUUCCAGACUAUGCCCGACUUCUUUUUACCAUUAGGUUCUGAAGUAAGCGAACCUUUUGUGAUUCCUAAUGUAUCACCUACCACAUCCCCAUUGUUAGCACCAGUACCAGAAGAAACUGAGGAAACAGAGCAUGUUUCUGUCCCUAUUGUGGAUUUGAACUAAGCACAUAGCUAUAACACUGCAUACAUGGACUUGGGACUGGUUACGGAUACGGAAUGAUUGUAUAUUAUAUAUUUGAAUGAAAGCAUUAUA